UAUGCAAUUUACCCAAACUUAAGGAAAUAUUUAACUGGACUGAGGGGCUAUGUUGUAUAAUAUUUCGUUUGAUAACCAUAAAGUUAAAAGCGGUUUACGCGUUUCUUGUGUUUGGUAAAUAGUGCUGCAAAUUGGUAUAUCAUGUGUAAUGUCUGAAUUACCCUUACUAACAUUUAGAAAUUCCAUCCCGUAUCCUUGCAUCUCCCGCCGAUUCAGCCAUUUGGGGGGAACCAAAAAUUGUGGGGGGAAAUUGGAGUUUAUAUAUUGCAAAGCAAAGAACCCAUGGACUUCAAACCUUUCGCUUCCUCUUCGAGACAUCGUGGGUCAUCAAGCAGAGGCGAUUAUCAGAGACGAACAUACUCAUAUCGAGAUGAGUUCGCCGCACCAAGUAGGUAGCGACUGCAUUCCUUCCCGCGUCAACAAGACCAAAAAAACCCGACGAAGCUGGACUUGCAAAGAAGAGGAAACGAUGCUUAAUGGCUUGAAGGAGUUGGUUGUGCAGGGCUGGAAAUCCGACAACGGUUUCCGAGCGGGGUACCUUGCAAAGCUUGAGGAUGUGAUGAAGACCGCGUUUCCUGGAACGGAUCUGAAGGGCGUACCACAUAUAAACUCUAAGAUCGCCGCUUGGAAGAGAAACUACAAUAGCCUCUGUACAAUGUUGAGUUACACUGGAGCGGGCUUCAAUGGGGAUCACAUGAUCGACGUUACUAAUGAGCAGUGGGCGCAAAUUUGUAGGGCUGAUAGGAAUGCGGAGCUCAUGAGGUACAAAUCAUGGCCAAUGUUUGAUGCAUGGAAGGAGGUGUUCGGCAAAGACCGUGCAACGGGCGAACACGCCGAGGACCUCAUGGAUGCUGUCAAUGACAUGUAUCGAGCUGGAAACGUGGCAGAAAAUACACAUGAAGAAGAAUCUGAUGUCAACCUUGAUGAAAUACCUGAAACUGAGGUUGUGGAAGAAAGUGUUAGCCAAACUAAGAAAGGUGAAGCUGCUGUAAAUGGACGUAACAAGAAGCGCAAAACUCGGGAUGAGCUGGGGGCUAGCUAUGAAUUACUGAUGGAAAUCAAGAGCACAACUAAUGAGCGAUUGGAGCAGCUGGCGAACCGUGUAGGCUACGAUUUUGAUCUUGGGAAAGCUAGGAAUGAGGUGUUCGCGAUGUUAGGACAGCUUGAAGGUCUUUCCCUCGAACAAAAAUUCGAUGUGUGUGAACUCCUCGCCUACAAAGUUGAGCGCUUGGAAAUCUUCAUGGGAUUGCCCGCCGAGGCUCGUCAGGCAUAUGCUAUGCGCAUUCUGAAUGGGAGUUUCAAAUGACUGCAUUAAGCUUACUCUGUUUUUGUUAAUAUAUUUUGUACAGGCUUUGACAACAUGUUGUUGAUUAUAGACCAACAUAUGCCUUGAUAUAUAUAUAUUCAGUACCGUAGUGGAAUGAGAGGCAGAUAUAUGAACCUCUAUUCUGUAUAUUUUGUAAGAACUUACUGGAUGCUUGAUGCUUAUGGAACUAAUGUCAAUAUAUCAGCCUAUAUUAU